GUCAUGUAGCCGGCUACUGUCGCCGGUGCUGGCGUCUCUGCGGCGGAGCUAGAUACAGGCAGUACCUGGGGCAUGUCCUCGCUCGGGGGCCAGCGUCCCGCGGCAGGGGAGCAGCCGGGAGCUAGACUGCACGUGCGGGCGAUAGGAGGCGCGCUGCUGCUUUGCGUGCUGGCGGUGCUGCUAGGCUGGAUUUGGCUGCGGCGGCAGCGCGCAUACGGCAUCCCUCCGGGGCCCAAGCCUCGGCCACUCGUGGGUAACUUCGGGCACUUGCUGGUGCCGCGCUUUCUACGACCGCAGUUCUGGCUGGGCUCGGGCAGCCAGACGGACACGGUGGGCCAGCAUGUGUACCUGGCCAGGAUGGCCCGUGUCUAUGGCAACAUCUUCAGCUUCUUCAUCGGCCACCGUCUGGUGGUGGUCCUCAGCGACUUCCACAGCGUGCGCGAGGCGCUAGUGCAGCAGGCUGAAGUGUUCAGUGACCGCCCGCGGAUGCCUCUCAUCUCCAUUAUGACCAAGGAGAAGGGAAUCGUGUUUGCACACUAUGGUCCAAUUUGGAAACAGCAGAGGAGAUUCUCCCACUCGACGCUUCGUCACUUCGGUCUGGGCAAGCUCAGCCUGGAGCCCAGGAUCAUCGAGGAGUUCGCAUACGUGAAAGAAGCCAUGCAGAAACACGGGGAGGCCCCCUUCAGCCCCUUCCCAAUCAUCAGCAACGCCGUCUCCAACAUCAUCUGCUCCCUGUGCUUCGGCCAGCGCUUCGAUUACACCAACAAGGAGUUUAAAAAGGUGUUGGAUUUCAUGUCCCGGGGCUUAGAAAUCUGCUUGCACAGCCAGCUCUUCCUGAUCAACAUAUGCCCCUGGUUUUACUACCUCCCCUUUGGUCCAUUUAAGGAGCUCAGGCAAAUCGAAAGGGACAUAUCCUGCUUCCUGAAAAACAUCAUCCGAGAGCAUCAAGAGUCUCUGGAUGCCAGCAACCCUCAGGACUUCAUAGACAUGUACCUUCUACACAUGGAGGAAGAGCAGGGAGCCAGCAGGCGCGGCAGCUUCGACGAGGACUACCUGUUCUACAUCAUUGGGGACCUCUUCAUUGCCGGCACUGACACCACAACCAACUCUCUGCUCUGGUGCCUGCUGUACAUGUCACUGAACCCCGACGUGCAAAAAAAGGUUCAUGAAGAAAUUGAAAGGGUCGUUGGCUGUGACCGUGCGCCUUCCCUCACGGACAAGGCCCGGAUGCCAUACACAGAGGCCACCAUCAUGGAGGUGCAACGGCUGUCCAUGGUGGUGCCGCUCGCCAUUCCGCACAUGACCUCGGAGAAAACAGUCCUCCAAGGGUUCACCAUUCCCAAAGGCACAGUGGUCCUAAUCAACCUGUGGUCAGUACACAGAGACCCAGCCAUCUGGGAGAAGCCAGACGACUUCUGUCCUCAUCGGUUUCUGGAUGACCAAGGACAACUUUUGAAAAGAGAAACUUUUAUUCCUUUUGGGAUAGGGAAGCGGGUGUGUAUGGGAGAGCAGCUGGCCAAGAUGGAGUUAUUCCUGAUGUUCGUGAGCCUGAUGCAGACUUUCACCUUUGCGUUACCGGAGGGUUCCGAGAAGCCCAUCAUGACUGGGAGAUUUGGUCUAACACUGGCCCCUCACCCUUUUAAUGUAACCAUCUCAAAGAGAUGAAGAAGCCCCGAGAAGAGAGGAGCGGGCAGACUCCACGUACCGGUCCUAGACAGUCUUCUUGUUGCUGCUGAGCAUGGGCCUCGAAGUUCAGCACAGCCAGGAGAGGCUGAGGGGUGCCCACUGGCCACGGGGAAGCACGGACACUCGGUUUAGUUGUGUGGAUUCCAUCAGGAAGCAGAGCUUCUCAUUUCUCAGCCUCCGUCAUCCCAUGGUAAAAUGAGGUAAUGAAACAUCUCUCAACUCUGAGAGGGACUGGAUGCUUCAUGAAGUCUGUGCUGGUGGCAGAUGCUGGGCAGAUCAGUAGAUCUGCCUUCAGACCUCCUAAGGCCCCUGCAACAUCUAGUGUCAGCCUGGACACUCGGUCAGAGAGGGAUGUAGGUCUAGGUUAUAUUGAGGUAGACCUUUUUUUUCCCUUUCUUUAUACUUUUUUUUUUCUUUUGUAUUUUUUUUUCUGGCAUAGAUUCAAUGUCAGUUUCUUUGGGUUUGUCUUAUGAGUGUUGUUGUUGUUUAGGGAUGUGUCCCUUUUAUAGAGCUAGGAUGAAAUGUCCCCUUGCCCAGUAUGUUGAGAAGAUGAAAAGCAUCCUCUUGAGGUUGUUGACCACCCAUGUGUCUGCUAUCUGUAGCCACGUGAACAGUGAGCCUGGCUGCACAGGACAGGUCCGCCCUGCGUAGGUGAAUGCAGGGCACGAUUGGGGCCCUGGAUGCUGGGCUGGGGAAUGUGAUAAUGGAGUUGUGGGAUUUGUCCAGAAGGGAUUUCUCACUCAAGUGACUCAGAACCCUCCUCUCCUGCUGUGCCAUCAGCCAUGGUAUGACUGACUUACUCUUCAAGACAAGAAGCCAUUGCGUGAUUAGAGGGCCCUCUCAUGGCUCCUCCAAGGGCCACAUGGAAAUGUGGGGAUGCACAUAAUGGACGGGAGGCAUUGUCCCUUUUGCUGCCAGGGGUAAGGGAUGAUUGGUGGCAAAGCCAGCCCACAACCAACAGUGUGCAUCUCAGUGUGCUUGUGUCUGGCCCCUCCCUCGGGUCUCCCCGAGAACCGUGAAGGAACCAUGGUGAUGCUGAGCCUUUCUUAGAAAGGCGCCGUACUGAAUGCUUUUGUGUAUAUGCAGUCCUCACACUAACGGAGCUGAGGCUUUCCAGUGCUAAGGCCCAGAAUUAAAAAGUGCCAUCACCCACUGGGUCUCCAAGCUACUUGGCCUUGUGACUGGAGAACACUUUCUGAGCCUCAUCUCAGUAUUGUCCCACAUGGUCCUGAAGCUGGCCUCCGUUACCUGUGCCCCUCUCUGCCCCAGCUGACUCCUCGGGCCAGGCUGCACAUUGCUGCCCCCUUGCCAUGCCUGAUUCUUGGGAUGCCCAGGCAACUUGGAAGUGAGGUAGGGAAAGCGAUUUAGGGGAAAAGCCUGCCCAUCAGUCCAGGAUACUUUUAAAACACAGUGUAAUUUGUCCUACCUGAUUCAGCCAGUGUUUAAAAAUGUACUCGACUUUUGUUUAUCAUUUAAAGUAACCAUUUUAGGCAAAUCUAGGAUGAGGCCUUAGCUGCUAAUACAACCCAGAAUGGAAGCUUCCAGCAGCUUUGCACUGCGUGCAUCCACAGGCCGCUCGCUGAGGUACCCAGGCCGACUCUCAGCUGCUUCCUGAGGGAAGGUAACAGCCGCUAAAUAAAAACCUAAUAUGAGUAAAAAGAAAAAUGUGGGAUAUAACCAGGUGUUGAUUAAUAUUUGAGUCUAUAUUCUUUAUAUUAUCCACCAUUCUGUUUUCCUCUUCAUAAAUUAUAAUAACUUUCAAAAUAGAUGAAUGGAACACAUGCUAAUCUGCAGGCUCCCUAAAGACUGUGUCUAGGCCAGCACAGUCUUAAGGGGCUUAAGAUGCACACAUUGUGGAUAAGGUCUGGAAUGGGAAAUCCUGCUCCCUGUGCAGGUUGUUUGUCCUGAUCUGACCUCCACCUUUGCUGGCCCCUUAUUCCAUGACUCGCACAUGGAUUUCUGGACCUCCUAACCAAAGAUUUUACAUCGUACUUGAAAAGGACUUCCGCCUUCUCUGAGAUGACAUCAGAGUCCCACGAUUAUCCAGCAGUUUAACACCGUGCCUCACGCUGUAAAGCCAUGAACACUCCUUUACUAACUAACAUGGCUACAGGAGGAGUGCGCUUUUCCCGAGCCCACUGCUGUUGGACGGUUUUGCAUGUCACGAUUCAUCUGAAAUUAACCGGAGUCAGUUUUCUAAUCACGAGGUCUGGACCUCAUCUGUAAUGGAGCUCUUGGUGAUCCUAUUAAAGCGCUUAUUUCAGUGAA